GUGAAACGUGGAACCCGUUAAAGUUGCACUACCAAUUGCGGAAUGUCCGUGAGCGGUUAGCUAAAAAUCUAGUGGAAAAAGGCGUACUGACAACAGAGAAACAGAACUUCCUCCUUUUUGACAUGACCACGCACCCCCUCACCAACAACAACAUCAAGCAACGCCUCAUCAAGAAGGUGCAAGAAGCAGUUCUUGAGAAAUGGGUGAACGACCCUCACCGCAUGGACAAGCGCUUGCUGGCACUCGUGUACUUAGCCCAUGCUUCGGAUGUGCUGGAGAACGCUUUUGCCCCCCUUUUGGAUGAGCAGUAUGAUUUAGCCACCAAGAGAGUGCGACAGCUUCUGGAUUUAGACCCUGAGGUUGAAUGUAUGAAAGCCAGCACAAAUGAGGUUCUGUGGGCAGUAGUAGCAGCUUUCACAAAGUAACUGCAAUCAGACUGGUGUUCUCUCUUCUUACAUGUAAACCAGUUGUUUCUCUUCUAUUGACUAUUCAUGUUUUCUGUAAUUUGUACCUUCUCACAUGAUGAAUUGGCUCUUAUUUCUUGGGAAUUGUAAGUGGUAUAUUCCCUCCUUCUCUGUGUAUCUGUAUACAGGAUUCUGCUGGUACAAGAGACCUUCCUGUUUAAAAGCAACAGAAAAAGGUUUUACUGCCAUAUUGGCAUUUCACGUCUAUUAAAUUGCAGUUAUCUGAAAUACUUGGCUUAAUCCAUUUUUCAUGUUUUUGUUAUUGCAGUGGUUUAACUUGGGAAGCACCUCGAGGAGGAAGUGUGCAUGCAGUUGGAUC